UCCUCCUCCGGCUCUCCUGCCUUUUCCAAGAUCGCUUCGCUUUUUUGCCCUUCCCUCUCCCUAGGGGCACAGAUCCUGCUUGUGGCGGGAGAGGGGGGGAACAAUAGAAGGGGCUUGAGAGCUCCAAGCCAAUCUUCCAUGCAAAAUUGUGCAAAGCAAAGGGAGCUGUUUUCCCCGUCCCCCCUCCCCACCUCGCUCCUGUCUCAGCCAUCGCAGAGCAGCUCCUGGGAGAUGGAUGGCAACAUCUGAUCAUCCGCUGUUGUCCCUGCGUCUUGGAAAUGUGGCAAGUCCAGACAGAGCUGUAGAAGGAAGGGGUGGGGGGGACAAAAAUGCCCCUUUCUGAACCGCUCCUGCUUCUAGGUUAUCCUGGCAGCAUGCAAAAGCCAGGAGGGCUGCUGUGAAGAAAGUCCCGGGUCUGGCAGAGGGCUGGAGACCAAGGCGUGCUGCGGGUUUCCUCCUGAUGCUCUCUGAGGGGUAUUUUUAUUGGCAAAGGGAGGAUUGCUGAAGCUGGAGGAAGACAGCGCUCAUCCAGUGUGGGGAAAAUACCGGGCUCCAGCCAGGAAACCAUGGGGAAAUGCAAUGGGCGAUGCACGCUGGUUGGAUUCUGCUGCCUUCAGCUGAUAGCAGCGCUGGAGAGACAGAUCUUCGACUUCCUGGGCUAUCAGUGGGUGCCCAUCCUGGCUAAUUUUUUACACAUUAUGGCUGUCAUCCUGGGCAUCUUUGGGACCAUCCAGUACAGAUCCAAAUACCUCAUAAUGUAUGCAGCGUGGCUGGUGCUGUGGGUUGGAUGGAACGCAUUCAUCAUCUGCUUUUACCUGGAAGUUGGACACCUGUCACAGGACCGGGACUUCAUCAUGACCUUUAAUACCUCGCUGCACCGCUCGUGGUGGAUGGAGAAUGGGCCCGGCUGCCUGGUGACGCCGGUGAUGAACUCAAACCUGGCCCCCGAGGACCAUCACGUCAUCACUGUCACCGGAUGCCUGCUCGAUUACCAGUACAUCGAGGUAGUGAGCAGCGCCAUGCAGAUAUUCCUUGCGCUCUUUGGAUUCGUCUAUGCCUGCUAUGUCAGCAAAGUAUUUAUGGAGGAAGAAGACAGCUUUGACUUCAUCGGAGGAUUCGAUUCCUACGGCUACCAGGCCCCACAGAAGACGUCACACUUACAGCUACAGCCAUUGUACACAUCUGGGUAACUCUCUUGCGCCCUGGAAUCCGCCCCCUCCUGGAUCUUCAUGGGAAUGCGAGGUGGCGGGAGGCCCCGAACGAUUGCGAACUGUCCCGAAAGCAACAACUAAACACGCCAAAGGCGAGGACAGCACGGAGCCAACACCCUGGGUUCAUCUUGGUUUCCUUUUAUUUUCCUUCUGGGCAGUUGCACAGUUUUCAGGGACUUGCUGCAACACCAGAGAAACACACACACACACACACACACACACACACACACACACACACACACACACUUUUCUGCUCAGACUGAGGGACCAAAAGAGGUGCAAUGGCUCCACCUGCUGGCUACUGUUCAAAUCUCACCGGUAGCUGUAACUCCAAUGAGAGCAAGGACCACGCGGUGGAAAACCGAUAUUUUCAUGGAGGAUGGGGAGAAGAUUCUGUCUAAGGAACAGCUUUAUUCAUCAACACCCUGACUGGACUCCUGCCGUCCAUCCAUACAGUUAUGUCAGCUGUUCUGAUCUGAACCCCUGGCGCCAUGGCUUGGCAAUACGGAUGGUGGAUUGAGUAGCUAGCAAUGCAUCAGGUAUCUGUGUUUAAGGCAAGGUGAAACUGACCAGAGGAGGAUAGGUAGGAUCUCAAUUGACUAUUUUCUUCUUUAAUUUUAUCCACAUCUUUAUUUGAACUAGUGUGUCCCUUGUCAGUGUAGAUAAGUGCCAAUCCGAAAGGACAUUUCAUGGGGCGCGGGGGCAAAAUAUUCUGCACUUAAUGAAUUCAGCACUGGUGGGAGGAAUACACUCUGUCAGCUGGCUGGCAGUGAGAGCUGGCUGCUUCUUGCCUCUGGUAAACGGCCACAGCACCCCAUUCACCCCUGAGGCGCAGCCAGAAGUUGCACUGUUGCCAGCUCUUGCGAUUUUACCACAAGGCUCACGACAUCUGGUUAGUUUCUUAAAGCUCCAGCUUCUGGAAUCAAGAGACUGCAGGAAAAUCUCAGCUUUCAUGCCUAAAAAGGGAAGUGUCUAGCUCUGCUGAUUUCAGAGAAAAGCCUGAAAGCUAGGGCUGUCAAGGGAUUCAAAAGAUUAAUCGCAAUUAACCGCACGAUUAAUCGUGCUGUUUACAAUAAGAGAAUACCAUUUAUUUAAAUAUUUUGGAUGUUUUCUACAUUUUCAAAUAUAUU